GUGCAGCUCCAUCGGGUUCUGGGGGCGGUGUCGCUCGGCUGGAGGAAGCGGGUUUUUAUUUCAAACCAAAACAGUCCGAGGGUUUUGCGGGAAUAACCGAAUCAUUUCAGCGUUUCAGUAAAGACGGUGUUGAACCGAGCAUUGGAUCGGUUCCGCUGACACCGGCCCGCGGUUCCCACUCCUCAGGAUCCGAGGGAAAAACCCACCAGCCGCCCGCCGCGUCUUCGCUCCAGUUUUUCCCUCCGCUGGUUGAUUUGACAAACGGACGCUUGUGGCUCGUCUGUUGAAUAAUCCGCCUCCUUUAGCACAUUUAAAAGCACCAUUGUUGUUUUUAAAUACACAUACAUCGGACUUAGCAGAGCCAGAGAGAUGCCGAGGUCCAACAGGCAGAAGGAAUACAAACCUGGAGAUCUCGUGUUCGCCAAAAUGAAGGGGUAUCCACACUGGCCUGCGCGGAUUGAUGAGUUACCUGAAGGAGCAGUGAAGUCGCCCUCAAACAAGUUCCAGGUGUUUUUCUUUGGAACACAUGAGACGGCGUUCCUGGGAGCCAAGGAUUUGUUCCCCUACACCGAAUGUAAGGAGAAGUUUGGGAAACAAAACAAGAGGAAAGGCUUUGCUGAGGGACUCUGGGAGAUUGAGAACAACCCCACCGUCACGCAUGAAGACUACGAGUCAUCAAAGAAGGACAACGCAUCAGAAGGAGGAGGGGAUACAGCUAGUUCAGAGAAGGUAGAUGCAGAGGGCAGCAGUGAUGAGGAUGAAGGUGCCCUGGUCAUCGACGAGAAGAACGAGAGGGGAAGCACCAAGCGAAAAGCAGAGGAGUCCACAGAGGCAUCUCCAAAGCGGCCGAAGGAUACAGGAGUGGAAGGCGACAGCAACAAGUCUAACACGGAGGCCAAGCUCAACGAUGUGGCCGGAGCAAAGGCAACUGCUCCUGCUUCAAAAAGCGAGUCAAAACCAGAAGCCCAAGAAAACGCUGCAGCAGGUGGUCAGCUAACCGCAGAUAAGCCCGUGACAGACAGUGCUUAACAUCAAGUCACAGAAGAAAACGAAGAACCGUUGAUGCUCGGAGUGGAAGCAUCAACAUGGUUCACUGCAGGAUACCAGAUUUCAGCUGUUUAAUUCAUAGGAACAUUUUAAACAACCGAAGUGUUUGUAUUGAGAGAAAAGCAAAUCUUCAUUUACCAUUUUUGGGAUAUCAUAUAUCCUGAAACAAAAAAAGUUUGCUAAUCUGAUUUCAAACAAUUGAACUGAGAACUUUAAGGCUCAUUUAUAAAUGGGAUUUUGGUGUGUAUAUAUUUUUUAUUUCUAAGUGCAAUUACAUCAUGACAAAGACUAAAUGCUAGGUGUCAAAACUUUUUUUUUUUCAUUUUAGAGGGAAUAAACACUGAAAAUAUCGUAAAUUACAUAAAAACAGGAAAGAAAAAAAGUGAAAAGAUUUAAAUUUAUUUGACAAAGGUUCCCGUUUGAUGGUUUUAAAACAUGGAUAUUGUACAGGGGAAAAGAGAACAACAUUUCACCCAUGCUCUCAGCUUUAGUUAAACGUUUAUUUCAUGUAGCUUCUCAGCCUCAUUUAAAUCAUUUAUUCACUUAUAGGACAUAAAAUCUGCAUUUUCUAUUUUCCCCGCCCCGUUAAUCUGACUAGUUUUGCGGUUUUUAAUCAGCAGGUUUCGUUGCAUCAUAGUUUGCUUAAUUGCAGGUGACCAAAUUAUUAUGUGACUAAUUGCACAGGAUCCGACGUGUGGCCUGCUGGGCUUUUGAACGUGUAUUGAUUAUGUAAUAUGUAAACCCAAUUUCAGAAGAAGAACUAUUUAAGGAGUAAACAGUCCCUGUGUACAUUUCUUAAACGGAUGAUGAUUGAAGGCAGAAAGACAUUCCUGAAUGUUGAUGUGUCUGAGCUUCUUCUUGAAACAUUUCACGUCAAGGUGGAGUGAUGGCAUUUUUGAGGGGGGAAAACAAUUUAAGCCAGCACUUUUUCUGGAGAAAGUAUCUGGCAAAUUUCGUUCACAUCCAUCAAGUCAACUCUUGGUUUCAUCUUUUUAUGAUAACCUGUUUAGCUCACAUUCAUGCUGCCAUUGCCUGAUACUGGAGAUGUAAUUGUUGACAAAAAAAAUUGGUUUUAACCCAAAUUUGUUUCUUUUUCAGCUCUGAAAUACGUAGUUGACGUUGUUACCAACAUUUCAAUUGAGAGUCUACAGAGUGAACAGUUUGUAAAUCUGAAGUUUUGAUUUUUUUUCUUUUCUGGCCCUUUGAACUGGAACAUGGGUCUGUUUUACUUCAGUGGUCUUAUUAUUAUUAUUAUUUUGGCUGUGAAACAAAGUUGUGACGUUAUUAAUGUGUUUUAUUCAAACAUUUGUUUUGACCUGUUCAAACUUGGAUAUGUGAUUAAUAUGUGGUGUUGUUAUUUUCCGCUGUAUGUAAAUUUUAAGGUACAAGUUGUUUUAACCAUAAAAUACUUGGCCUUUUCACCACGUUACUUGGAUGUCCUAGUCAUUGCUUCAGUGUUCUGUAUUCAGCAGUAGAGGCCACAGUUGAUCAAAUUAUGAAUCUUAAGGGAAAUCACAGCUCAUAAAACUGAAACAAUUUCUUGCUGUCGUGUCUAAGAUGGCCACCCACCUAUCACCUCACCAGUAGUUUCAAAAUAUGAAACGCUCUCAGUUCCCCACUCAGAUCUGCUGUUAAUUCCGAGGGUAUAAUUUGGUAUAAAGUGUAAUUCUUGGUUUAGCUUUCUGUGUUACUUUUGGAAGCUGCCAUUCAUCUUAAUCUGCUCUUUAGUUUACUGUUGUAGUUGCCAGUCCAUUUAAUAAACCAGUUGAUUACAAAAAAAA